UCGCACACAGAGAUCACACACAUACAUACACAGGGUGCUGUUCUUUAGGAUGCGCUUCUUUAACCACAGACACAACUCCUUGCAGAGGUCUCGAGCAGGCUCUACAUCUAGCUCUGCCUCUAGCUCUACAUCUGUCUCUUCUUCAAGCUAUUCGGUGGUUGCAGGUACAGCAGUACUUUACUGUGUCACAUGCGAUCUGCCGCUCACCAGCCAAUGUGUGAUUAAGGGCACACACCGGGACCAUCGCCUGAAAGACCUGAAGGAUGCAGUGCAUGAUCAAGUGAAAAAACUAAAUGAACUGUCCGGGAAUCUAAUAUCCAGAGAAAGGAAAUUUGGCGACCUGACACCGAGGAUUGAAGCAGCAGAACGUGAGCUAGAGGAGAUAUGCAGCAGGACACAGGAGAUGCUUCAGCAGGAGUACCAUACCCUGCAGACUUUGAUCGAGCAGAAUCAGCAACAGGCUUUUUUCAUCUUGAAUGCACAGAAGCAAACAAUCAAGCGGCAACUCCAUCAGCUGUUUGAAGACACGCAGAACUACCAAAGCAAGUCCAUAGCCAUGAGCGAGGACAUAAAACAGCUUAGCAGCAGACAGGAGAGCGAAAGCCCAGCCAGCCUGCUGGGGGAGAUCAGUGCAUUCGAGACCAGCCUGCAUACAAUGAACGAGUUUUACUCCUCUGUGGAAAAGAAGCUAAAAAUCGAUGACACAAGAUUAAAAGCUCUGGAAAACUCCAUCAAGAAAAUAGUGGAAAAAAACAAAGAGCUUCUGCCACGGCCAUGGGAAUUUUCAGAGACUAUCACAUUGGAUGAAAGUAAAAGGGAAGGGUAUGUUCAGAUCUCAGAGGACAGGACAGAGAUGUCAGUGUGCCCUUCAGACAACCUCAGUCAUACUUCUCGUUCAUCGUGGGUCAACCAGAGAGCAUCUCAGAGCUUCAGUAAAGGAAUGCAUUAUUGGGAGGUCUAUGUAGGAGGCUGUGAGAGGUGGCAAGUGGGAGUAGUUGAACAAAGCCGGAGUAAAGGUCCAGUUCUAUCCCAGGAAAGGAGUUCAUGGAUUCUGGAGUGCGAUGGUGGCGAGCUCUCUGUGCUGUAUAAUAAUGAAUUCAGCAGGAUUAAGGAGAGCAAUGUUCAAACCCUUGGCGUCUUCCUGGAUUGUGAUAAAAAGAGACUGAAGUUCUACAAUGUCAACACGGGCUGCAUUAUGCACUCUUUUAUUGCUCAGUUCAAGCAUUCUGUUUCUCCUGUGUUCAGCAUGCGUCCACAGAAAGACAGUAUGGCACGACUGAAGAUCUGCAACCUGAUUCAUCAUGAUGACAGAGAAAGUGACAGCACUCUCAGCCCAGAGACCUUAGAGACAGUGAGUGAGGAGGCUAUGGAGAUGUCUUCUGAGAGCUCAAAUUGGGACCUUGUUUAAAAUGAAUUUGUUAGCAUGUAUAUUUAUUUGAUGCACUGUCUAUUUAUUAAAAAUACACCAACACCAUACUAUAUUAAAAAUAUUUGUAGUAAAAUUUCUAUUUCUAAAAUAUUG